AAACAAGUUGCAACUCGCCGGACCUCUGACUUCUCUCUAGAGAGAGAAACUCUCUGACUUCUCUCUACAUUUUUCUGUAAAUUGUUCCGUUACCGUUAACGCCCUCGCCGGCCGGCGCCGCCGGCUGGUCACCACCAGAUUCCUCACCGCAACGAUGACCCCUCGCCUGCGCUCUUCUUCUGCUCCUCCUUCUCCAGGUUUACUCGGGCCCCCUCCUUCCAAAUAUCUUCUUCCCUCUUCGCAGGAUGGCCCCCGAUCAUCUCUCUCCAUGAAAUCCCCCAAAAUUCCCUAUCUAUGUUCUUCUGCCUCCCUGACCCAGUCAGACUUCAGCUCUGCUACUCACGAAGUGGACUCCUUGGAUAAAAUGAGGCUCUACCCUCAGGAUAAAAACACACCGGCUACUUCAUCACUCUCCCGGCGAAACUCCACGUCCUGCCCUCCCUCGGGAACGAGAACUCCUAGGAACGCAGAUCUGCCCCCUCCUACAUCAGAUCUGGCAGAUCCGAAGGCGCUUGGAAAAGCCACUCAACCUCCCCAGGGCUCCCCUCCCCCUGCGGCCACUCCAAAAUCACAGCAGGUGGCGCGAGUCAGCUCUCCCGCGACUAAUACUCAGAACUGGAGCGAGAAGUUGAUGGCGAACAUUCGAACUCUCAAACCCACUGGCAUACCAUCGCUACACGCUACUGGUAUACCUCUGAUUCAAAUUCCUCUGGAAUCCAUCACCGACUCAGCUGAUGAAUGGAAGGAGUUUGUCAUAGGCCAAUUUUACGGCCUUCCUCCCACAAUCGGAAAAAUUGACGGAGUAAUCAACUCUGUUUGGUCCAAGAAUGGUCCUAGAAUCAAAAUCCAGAAUAUGGGCAAUGGAAAGUUUAUGUUCAAGAUGCCGAAUUCGUCUACCAAGAAGCUGGCACUCAGCAGAAAAAUCUGGCAUGUUGGUCCAUGCCCGUUAUACGUUUCGGAAUACUCGCCCUUCCACGAUCCGAACAAACCCCCACUAACGAAGAUCUCUACGUGGGUCUCUCUCAGAGGGGUUCCUCACCAGCUUUUCAAUUUCGACUGUUUGAGUCGACUGAUAACUGGCAUAGGUAUCCCCAUCUACCUUGACAAAGCGACGUCGCCGAAGGAGAACCUGACAGUGGCGCGCAUAUACACAGAAGUGAACGUCACGGCUAAGCUACCACGAAAAUUAGCGGUAAAUCUUCCAUCGGGUGAUGAGAUAUACAUCGAUGUUGACUAUAGCUGGUUGCCCCCGCGUUGCCAAUCUUGCUCGGAAAUUGGACAUGUGGCCAGAUAUUGCCCUUCAUCCCAGAAACCAACUGCCUAGAUAGAAACUGAGAAAGUAAAGACCUCGCAGACUGAGAGCACUGAAUUACCUGCUUAAAAGGAGCAGAUUUCAAAUGCCUCUUCACCUAGCUGCCCAAAGCUCCUCCAAACUCCUGUCUCCGCAACUGGUAGCCACCAUGAGCAUCAACGAGACAGACCAUUUUCUACCAACCAGACCUAUGAAAAACUAGUGAAAUCAACGCAGGCUUUCCAGCAAGAAGCUGGAAGCUCUGACCCGAUUGCACAUGAAAAGGAGAUGCGUGAUACAGGUACUCAUGAUAAUAUUCACCCAAAUCCGCAACUCCAAAGUCUGCAACAACAAGAUGAAGAGUCGACACCAAUACCUACUGCCCCUACAGAUGGAAAACAGAACCGCAAGAACAAGUCGGGUGCAGCAACAAAAAACACAAAACCAGAAACUGGAAAGGGUAACACUCCUCGCGGUCGAAAAGCCACGAGGAAUCGUAACUAACUAUCGGAGCGAAAUGCCUUGCGAGCCUCUCUUGCAUUCCCGGUCGGCUGGCAACUUUACUGCAAUUACACUCAUGAUCAAUCUGGCCGUAUAUUCGUUGGCUGGGAACCUACUGCGACAGUAUUCAUCUAUAAAUCCAGUUCUCAGACAGUCACUUGUGGAUUUGAGCAUCCUACACUUCCAUACGGGAUCACGGUAACUUUUGUUUAUGCUAAUAAUUCAGCAAAUGCUAGAAAGAUUUUAUGGCAGGAACUAAAGGAGCUUUCAGCCUACCCACCACUAGCAAAUAAGUCAUGGGUUGUGCUUGGCGAUUUCAACCAAACGUUAUUCCCCUCGGAUCGAUCGGAUUACCCGACCCAAACUGCUAUCACAUCCUCUAUGCAGGAUUUUAAAGACUGCCUCUUUGCAGCGAACCUGGCGGAUAUACCAUACCAAGGGUUCCGGUACACUUGGUGCAACAACCAUCAUGACGUCCCGGUCUCCAUUAAAUUGGACAGAAUUUUAGGCAAUACGGUUUGGCUGACUGAUUUCCACUCGUCGGGAGCAGAAUUCGGAAGUCCAGGCCCCUCGGACCAUUCUCCGGGAAUUCUAAAAAUCCCGACAGCAAAGCGCCAGGUACGUAAACCUUGCAAAUUUUUCACGCAUCUGACUCUAGCCCCGAAUUUCCUGUAGGUGGUGGCUGAAAACUGGGCAGCUCGGGCCCCGACAAAUCAUCAAUACCACCUCUGCAAGUCCCUCAAGCAGCUGAAAUUACAACUACGAGCACUAAACAGAAACUGCUUUAGUCAGAUCUCACAGAGAACUCUACAAGCUGCUGAAAGUCUGAAAUUGGCUCAACAGGCCCUAUACGAAUACCCCUCCUC